AUGGAUUACAAUGUUGAACUAAUUGGUGAUUACACGGACAAUUUUCUCAAUGACGUCCGAUACGACAAUUUCGAAGAUGCUGUAACAGUUACCAAAAACAUCGCGAUGUCUCUUGGUUUCUUUCUAACUAAGGGAUCGAUGAAGCCACGUGAGUUGAGCAACAAAAGAUUAUUGGGUAUCUGUUAUAUGUAUUGCGACAGAUGCAGUAGGGAGAGGAAGUCAUACAAGCCGGAUCCUUCCAAGGAGAGUCGUGGCAAUACAAGUUCAAAAGGAUCGGGGUGCAUGUUCAGGAUUAAAAUCAAAGAACUACUGGUUAAUCCAGAUGCUCUUGAUGGACCUUCAUUCUGGGAGAUACAAGGAGUGACGGAGCAAGGAACCGGUUUAAGGCGAGGGUAUCACAAUCAUGAGAAGAUGCUUUAUCCCGAAGGCCACAGUCAAAUGAAUCAAUUGAGUCAGGAGGAUAAAGAAUCUCUGAGGCAGAUGAGAGAUGCUGGGGUACCUCCGUCGCAACAGAAGCAGACAAUAAACAAGCAGAAGGGUGACAAAGGCCAUCACACCCAAAGGCAGAUGUAUAACCUCGGGUCCAAGUCUAGGAAAGACGAGAUGGGCGAGAUGAAUGCAGUGUAG